AUGGAAGUGGAUGAGCUGCUCAAGAAGAUACGGCUGCUGGAGGAGGGUCAGGCCGAGCUCAAGCGGGAGAUAGGCAAGCUCAUGCUGGACCGCCGCGACGCGCAGUCCGUGGCCGUGGGGAGAGCUUUCCGCGCGCUGCCGCCGCAGCCCUUGUCGUCGCGGCAGGUCGUCGCCCACGGCAGGUUCUCCGACAGUCACUGCCACUGGAUACUGCAGUCGCUGGGGCUGGCCGUGCACAUCAUUGCCCCCGACGGGAAGCUCCUGUACUGGAACCGGUAUGCUGAGCAUAUGUAUGGCUAUUCUGCAUCAGAAGCAGUUGGUCGGAAUGCCGUUGAAUUAAUUGUUCAUCCUAGUGACUUUGAUGCAGCAAACAACCUCAUCCAGACUAUAUUUACAGGCAAGUGUUGGAGAGGGAAGUUUCCUGUUAAGAAAAAGUCAGGAGAGAGGUUUUUUAUGUUUAUCCAUAACACUCCUUUAUACGAUGACGAUGGUAGCUUGGUGGGCCUCAUUGGUCUGUCGCAUGAUAUACGGACAUUAGAGGACAUAUUUAGUCCCUCAGGCUCUGCGGAAUCCUAUCCAAUUCCGAGUACAGCAAAGCCCAAGUUUCAUGCUAACAGCCGGCCUAAAAGUGGUUCGCUGAACAUAGGUUGUCUUCAUUCCCAGCAACCUCUUCAAUCUGCUACUACCUCCAAGAUAGUAACUUUGGUUACCAGUGUUACAAGUAGAGUUCGUUCUCGGAUAUGGACAGGCCAGAAUAGCGAUAAACAGUAUGGUAGUGGAUCGUGCCAGGUUGAGCUGGCAUCAAGUGAAGAAAACACCCCAAGUGGGGAUGUAGUGCAUCGUGCCUUUGUGGCCAAAGAGAAAUCCACUGGCAAGUUGUGCAAAACAAGUAGUGAUGAUUCAGGAGAGGGAAAAGUAGGAUUUCACAAGAUCUUUAAUUCAAAGGCUGAGGCAUUAUUGGCCAAGAAGGGCAUAUCAUGGCCUUGGAAACGACAUGAAGUUGAUGGGGAUUCUGGAAAGAAUAACAUGAACUCAACACAGUUGCAUGAUAAGCAAGAGAAUGAAGAGAGUCAUCAGAGAGUUACAGUUCUAGAGCCUAUCAUAAUUCCAGACUGCCAAAACAGCGAAUACACUUGGGCCAGCAAAUAUGAGGUCUCAGGUUCCUGGUGGGAUUUCAACAAGAACAGCGUGAGUAGCAUUAGCAGCACUACGGCGACUACUAACAGCAGCGAUAUUCAGAUAGUAGAUUAUGAAGCAGACUGCUUAGAUUAUGAGAUUCUCUGGGAAGACCUUGUAAUUGGAGAACAAGUUGGUCAAGGUUGUUGCGGAACAGUGUAUCAUGCUCUGUGGCAUGGCUCGGACGUGGCAGCUAAAGUAUUCUCCAAGCAGGAAUAUUCAGAAGAAAUGAUAAAUACCUUCAGACAAGAGGUCUCAUUGAUGAAGAAACUGCGACAUCCCAAUAUCAUACUUUUCAUGGGUGCAGUUCUGUCGCAGCAACGACUUUGUAUUGUUACUGAAUUUCUCCCACGGGGGAGUUUGUUUCGGUUGCUCCGAACUAACAUUGGCAAGCUGGAUCCAAGACGAAGAGUUAACAUGGCCAUAGACAUUGCAAGGGGCAUGAACUAUCUUCACAAUUCCAUCCCCACUGUUGUGCACCGUGAUUUGAAAUCGCCAAACCUUCUGGUCGAUAAGAAUUGGAAUGUAAAGGUUGCAGACUUUGGCCUUUCACGUCUGAAACUCGAAACAUUUCUGACAACAAAAACUGGAAAGGGGACACCACAGUGGAUGGCUCCAGAGAUGCUACGGAGUGAACCUUCAAAUGAAAAGUCUGAUGUAUUCAGUUAUGGAGUGGUCCUGUGGGAGCUUGUUACUCAGAGGAUUCCCUGGGAUACUCACAAUACAAUGCAGGUCAUCGGAGCCGUAGGCUUUAUGGAUUACAGACUGGAAAUUCCAAGGGAUGUGGAUCCUCAGUGGGCAUCGAUGAUCCAGAGUUGCUGGGACAGUGACCCACAACUCCGCCCUUCGUUCCAAGAACUCCUUGAGAGGCUCCGGGAGCUGCAAAAGCAGUACAACGUUCAGGCGCAGACCGAGUGGAAAGAGGCUGGGAAAGUUGCUGGAAAUAUGAGCGUGAAACAAAGCUAG